CUAAAACCCUAAAAAUCUUAUCUUUCCUCUCCGAUAUUGGAUCUGUGCAGUAAUUUUACUAAUCGAUUUCGUGUUCUUCGUUGCUUAGUAAGAAAGUAGAAAGUUUCUGAGAAUCUCGGGCACGAAUUGAAUCAGAUAAUUCGCUAGAAUCGGUUUAACGCUUUAAAGGCAAUCGCUUUGCAUUCUCAUGAAUUCUCUUAUACUCGGUGCUGCUAGAAGGUUCGUGGGGUUGCAUUUGAGAGUUUCAGUGAACCUUUUGCAAAAUGAAUCUUUCUCUUCGUAUUCGUUCUCUUCUGCUAGUGCUGCUGAUGUGAGCCCUAAAGGGGAGACCUUUAAAUCCUCGUCCUUCCUUGAUUCACUGCGUUUAGCUACAAAACUCACUGACAAGGGAAAUUCUGAUUCCGUUCUGGAUCUUCUCAGAAGUUAUGGGUUCACUGAUUCUCAGAUCUCCAGCAUCAUCAGGAGUGAUUCAAGAGUGCUUAUAGACAAUGAUGCGACAUCCCUUGGUUCAAAGCUUCAGUUUUUGCAGUCCAGAGGAGCUUCAAGCUCUGAGCUCACUGAGGUUGUUUCCACAGUUCCUAAAAUCUUGGGGAAGAGAGAGGGCAAAUCUCUCAGCAGAUAUUAUGAUUUCAUCAAAGUCAUUAUAGAAGCUGAUAAGAGUUCCAAGUAUGAAAAGAUAUCUCAUUCUUUGGCACAGGGUAACAAGAUCAGAAAUAUCUUGGUUUUGAGAGAACUAGGCGUGCCUCAAAAGCGGUUACUGCUUUUGCUCAUCUCCAAAUCGCAGCCUGUUUGUGGAAAAGAAAAGUUUGAUGCAUCACUCAAGAAGGUAGUUGAGAUGGGUUUUGAUCCAACCACCUCAACGUUUGUGCACGCUUUGCAUAUGCUUUACCAAAUGAGCGACAAAACGAUUGAAGAAAAAAUCCGAGUCUAUAGAAGUGUAGGUUUCUCUGUUGAUGAUGUAUGGGCAAUGUUCAAGAAGUGGCCACGCUCUUUGACACAUUCGGAGAAGAAGGUAGCCAACUCUAUAGAAACAUUUCUAGGUCUAGGAUUCAGCAGAGAUGUGUUUAUGAUGAUGUUCAAGCGGUUUCCUCCGUGUAUUGGAUAUUCUACAGAGGCGGUGAAGAAGAAGACUGAGUUUUUGGUCAAGGAGAUGAAUUGGCCAGUAAAGGCUGUGGCUUCAAUCCCUCAGGUACUUGGAUACAGCCUAGAGAAGAGGACUGUCCCAAGGUGUAAUGUUAUCAAAGUUCUCAUGUCAAAAGGAUUGCUUGAAAGUGAACUCCCUCCAAUGUCUUCUGUUUUGACAAGUACUAGUGAGUCGUUUUUAAAUUUGUAUGUUAGCAAACAUGAUGACAAGCAGCUUGUGGCUGAGCUGAUGGCAAUCUUCACCGGAAAUCGUGUUUCACUCACCGAUCAGAAGGCACGCCUAGAACAAUGAGCAACGUUAAGGAUUGUUUUUUGUUUUCUGUUAGGUUUAGAUUCAUUAGUGAGUCUUGUUGCUUGACUUUUGGAAGUAGAUAAUAGAUUUUGUGUAUGAGUGUCUAAGCCUUUGACCCUGAAGGAUGAUGAAUCAGUCUUGUAUGAAAAAAAUCUUUACAAUUAUCUUUCUUUGUCUUGUUGAUAUGAAUUAUGGUUAAGAUCUUUGUGAUGUGCUUUGUUCUGUUUUGG